ACGGAAGAGAGAGAUAGAGAGUGUGUUACUGAAGAUUCAAGUUUCGCCAUGACGUUACAGGUAAACCAUACCAACGCUACUCAAAUUGUAAAUGAAACAGGGACGCCUUGGAUUACGGACAGUGAGUUGGCAAAAUUGACAACAACUAUGGGUAGGCUUCUUUCGUACGCAAAAAUUCCACUUACCUUCAUAACUAUCAUCACAAUUCUUGGAAAUACUUUUGUUUUGGUCGCGACCUACAGAGAAAGAAGUCUGCAUCAACCAAAUAAAUAUUUUAUUGCCUGCCUGGCUGUCGCUGAUCUUCUGGUUGGUUCACUUUUAGUACCACUUAAGCUGUAUAAGCUUGAUAUGGAUAAUUCGCAACGUACAAUGUCAGUGGAUUAUCUGUGCCGUUUUAUGAUUUGGUUAGACACUUUCGCGUUAGCAACAUCCAUUUACAUACUGACCAUGAUCAGUUUCGACCGAUAUCUGAAAAUCAGCAAACCUCUUCAGUACAAAUCACGAAUGACAACUUCCAGAACACGAAAAAUAAUAAUCAUUAUUCUUUUUAUUUCAACAUCUCUCGCCAUAUACUCGGCUACCCCGAAUUCAGGGAGUUUGGGAAUUUUGAAAACUGGCGGCGGACGUUGUCCUAUUCACACGGACGAAAAUAAAGUGAAACCAUUUUACGCCUUUAUUAUGAUAAGCACAUUUUUUCUACCCGUGACUGUCAUACUUGUCAUGUACUUCCUUAUUUUUCUCGUUGCCCAUAAACGACAAAAAAUGAUUUUGAACGGGAGUCUGGGUCAAACAUUCAUUGUCCAAAGUCAACGACGUGCAUUACGUCGAGAUAUGAAAGUGAUUAGAAUGCUGUUGGUCGUCGUUGGAGUUUUCAUAUUUUCUUGGGGUCCUUGGUUUUGUUGGAGUUUUCUGAGGUUUUACUACCCAAAAGUAGUUGAAGAUAUGAAUACCAAUUCACUUGGCUACAGCAGGUAUCGGGUCAACAUAAUUGAAUUCGCCGCAGCCACACUACCAUUAUUCAACAGCAUGUGCAACCCAAUUAUUUACGCCUGCCUUGACCAAACAUACAGAGAAGCAUUCAAGAAUUUGUUUCGGCGAAUGACAUCUCGGACAGACUCGAGAAGACAACAACCAUCAAUAGAGUCACGUUCACGGAGAACUUGA